GUACAACAUAAUGAUUUUAUAUAUAUAGUGAAAUGGUUACCAUAACAAGAUUAGUUAAUAUCUAUCAUCUCAUGUAGUUACAUUUUUUUGUGUGUGUUGAGAACUUUUAAGAUCUAUUCUCUUGGGAGCUUUCAUAUAUGCAAUACAGUGGUGUUAACUGUAGUCACCAUGUUGUAUGUUACAUCCCCAGAACUUACUUAUCUUUUAAGUAGAAGUUUGUACUUUUUGACCUUCAUCCAUUUCCCUUUUCCUGGAUAUUGGUCUUCAAAAUGACUACAGUUGACCAUUGAACAGCACAGGCUUGAAUUGUGCAGGUCCACUUAUAUAUGGGUUUUCUUCACUAGAUACAUACUACAAUACCACACAAUUUGAGGUUGGUUGAAUUCACUUAUGUGGAACCAUCAAUACAGAGGGCAGACUGUAAAAUUAGAUGUGGAUUUUCAACAGUUGUGUGGAAGGUCAAUGCCUUUAAUUCCUGCCUUAUUCAAGGAUCAGUUGGAUUUGAAUUAGAUGUUCUUUUAAGAUGUUUUCAACUCUUAAGAUUUUCUAUUUCUCAAUAUUAAUAUUUUUUACUCUUCUAAUUGUUUUCACUUUAAUAAAACAUAACUGCAUUAACAAGUGUUAAAUGAAAGAUGCAUAGCACCACUAUGAUUAUUUUCUAUGACCCUUUUCAUUCUUAAACCUUCCAACUAAGUAGUCGUCUUUUUACUUUGAGCUCAUCUACUUUUGACCCUCCCUUUCCUGUUGGGAGCUCCUUGCAGAGCUGAUAGGCCCUUGCUUCCACUGGGGCUUUAGAACAGCUGCCAGCCAGAGAACCAAACCACAUAAUCUGCAAAAGAAAUCUCCCUUGUAAUCAUCGCGUGUUGUAUAGAAAGAGAGCUAUUUCUGAUGCUUGGAAGCUAUCCUUUCAGCCAUAAAGAUGGUAAUAAAUCUUUGUCUCCCACAGUUCAGACCAAGAAUUUACUGCAACAAGAUAUCAGCUGAUGGCUAUGAAGUAGAAAAUCUCAUCUCUGAAGACCUCACAAAGAGAAGUCAUGGUUUUAGGACAGAGUAUUUCAUUAAGCCACCGGUCUAUGUGACAGUUUCCUUUCCCUUCAAUGUGGAAAUCUGUAGGAUUAACAUAGAUCUCUCAGCUGGGGGAGGCCAGAAUGUCACUGGCCUGGAAAUGUACACAUCUGCCUUAUCCAGCAGAGCGUCUUGGAAUACCCCUGAGUGCCGGACCCCAGAUGAGCCAUCCAUUCCGGACAAGGAAGCAUUCACUUUGGUGGGCAAAGUCUUGUUGAAAAACCAGAGCCAAGUGGUAUUUAGCCACAGGGGCUUCAAGGCCAGGCCCCCUUUUGGUCCAAUGGAAGCCACACUCCCCUCCCCUGCUGUUGUGGCCCAAGAACUCUGGAAUAAAGGGGCUCUUUCUCUUAGUCACGUGGCCCAUCUCAAGAUCUGUAUCACCCAUGUGACAGGUGGUGGUGUCCCUUGUAUCAAGCGGUUAGAGGUAUGGGGUCAGCCAGCCAAAACCUGCUCUCAGGAAGUGAUAGACAGUGUCCUGCUGGUUGCCUCAGAGAGUCUCCCUCAGGACUUGUCUUUACAGGCUCCAGCGUUGCCCAUGGAGAGUGACUGUGAUUCUGGGGGCCAGUCUGAAGGCCAGCAGGCCCCCUCUAGCCUACAGGAGCUGGCUGAGGUAAUUCGGGAUAUACCUGAAGAGUUCUUAGAUCCCAUCACCCUGGAGAUCAUGCCUUUCCCCAUGCUACUGCCCUCAGGCAAGGUCAUUGACCAGAGCACGCUGGAGAAGUGUAACCGCAGUGAAGCCACAUGGGGCCGAGUGCCCAGUGACCCUUUCACAGGAGUAGCCUUUACUCCACACUCCCAGCCCUUGCCUCACCCUUCCUUGAAGGCACGGAUCGACCAUUUCCUGCUCCAGCACUCCAUCCCUGGCUGCCAGCUGCUCGGGAGAGCACAGACUGCAUUGGCAGUGGCCCCUUCUUCCAUUGCUCUGCCCUCUCGGAAAAGGAAGAUGGAGCAGGCCGAACAUGGCCCAGACAGUAGCCUUGGCUUAAAUGCUUCCUGUUUUUCUACCACAAGCCUUCUGGUCUCACCCUCUACCUCAGAGCACACUGCUAAGAAAAUGAAAGCUGCCAGUGAGCUCAUGGAUUGUUCAACAGGCCCAGUGUCCCAUGAGCAAAAACUGUCACAAAGCUUGGAAAUUGCCUUGACAUCUACCCUUGGCUCCAUGCCCUCCUUCACAGCUCGGCUGACCAGGGGACAGCUCCAGCACCUCAGCACAAGAGGGAACAAUACUUCCUGGAGGUCCAGCACCAGCUCAGAGCAGUCUGGGAGCAGCCUGGGCCCUGAAUGCACAUCCUGCAAAAGAGUGUUCUCCCCCUACUUCAGAAGGGAGUCUGCGUACCAGCUUCCCUGUGGCCACCUCCUGUGCCGGCCCUGCCUGGGCGAGAAGCAGCGCUCCCCGGCCGUGACGUGCACAGCCUGCCAGCAGCCGUUCGCCAGCCAGGACGUUCUGCGGGUUCACUUCUGAGUGACCAGCCUCAACCUGAGGAGACCCAUCGCUGUGGGGAGCUGAGGAGGAGUGAAUGGGGGGCUCAGAGCUCCUGAGGUCUGGCUUGGUCCCAGGCACAGGGUUGGGGGGGCUCUGCUUUCUCCAGGGCUUCCCCUUUGUCUCCUCCCACAGUGUAGCACGUGGGCCUGCAGAGUGAGGGGUGGGGAAGAGGCCCUCCGCACCCACUCACGUGGCAAUAGGAUAACAAAGCCAUAGUUUGGGCUGGGAGGGAUGGGGGAGAUGUCCCUGCCCCCCAGUGCCUCCCUGCCAGCACCCCUGCCAGAGCCAGUCCCACACUCUGAGCCACACUCUCUGCACACACCUCUCAUCCUCCAAGGCGGAUGUGAGUGUGGCUCUGGCUCUCAGAGCUUCCACCGUCAGUGUCACCCACAAGUGGAACACGGCGAGGAUCUGUGGAGUGAAUGACUCAGCCCCUCUGACUGGCAAACCACUCUGAGCCUUAAUAAAGCGAUGGUUGACGUCUGCCGUGGA